CCCAGGGCACAAUGAGUGCAUCAUGUUCAUCUGACAGACCUGCUUUCUCCAACAACCCUGCACGCGCACAACCUGCUGCUCCUCUGUAAGUACUGCAGGCCACAGCAAUUACAACUUGUACAGUAGAUAAAAUGAAGCAUCAAGUGUCUCUGCUGGUUGAAAAAAAUCAUCUGGACGUAUGAAUAAAAUAUAUUUCACGGUAUGGGGACAAGGAGAGAAAGAAUACAUUAUUGCAUUCGGAGGGUGCUGUCCUGGUGUAACUGUCAGAACAUAAUGGCGGCAUUUAAAGGGAUCUGGACCAAGGACUUCUGGAGGGCUGUGUCUGGAGAAUACCUAGCCACACUCAUCUUUGUCCUUCUUGGCCUGGGCUCCACCAUCAACUGGGCUGCAGGGGAGGCAGAGCCUCCCCCAGCUGACCUAGUCCUUAUCUCCCUGUGCUUUGGCCUCACUAUUGCCACUAUGGUGCAAUGCUUUGGCCACAUUAGUGGUGGACACAUUAACCCUGCAGUCACUGCAGCUAUGGUUGUAACAAGAAAGCUGAGCCUGGCAAAGGCUGUGUUCUAUGUAGCAGCUCAGUGCCUGGGUGCUGUUACAGGGGCUGGGAUUCUCUACUUAGUCACACCUACUGCUGUCAGAGGGUUCCUUGGUGUGACCACAGUGAAUUCCACCAUAUCAGUAGGACAUGGCCUUCUUGUGGAGUUCCUAAUCACAUUUGAACUGGUUUUUACUGUCUUCGCCACCUGCGAUCCCAAACGCACAGACUUAGGUGGCUCUGCAAGCCUGGCUAUCGGCAUUGCCGUAGUAAUAGGUCACUUAUUCGCAAUCCCCUAUACAGGAGCCAGCAUGAAUCCUGCCCGUUCUUUUGGUCCUGCAAUGGUCACACUGAACUUUGAGAACCACUGGGUCUAUUGGGUGGGACCCAUUCUUGGGGGCAUCUUGGCUGCUAGUUUGUAUGAGUAUCUGUACUGUCCUGACCCUGAGAUAAAGAAGAGGAUGAACCAAGUCUUUAAAAAGGACCCAUCAGGGAAAUACAAGGAAGUGGAAACAGGGGACAUUGCCGUCAAGCCCGGCUCCAUCCAUAACAUCAGUGUAGAGAAAACUGAUUCAACAGGAGAAGUAUUACCCUCUGUAUGACUAUCACAUGCACUGGAAAUUGAGACCAAUUUAUAGAGCAUAAUCAUAAUCAGACUUUGAGGUUAUCCAGCUUAAGUCAGUCCCCCUCCAAAGACUAUGACUUUGAAGCAGGAAAAGUUUUCUGUCUGUUACACACCCAGACUGCACUGCUUUCAUUGUCAUAAAGCUUGCAUGAUGUUAAGGCUCAAAUUUCAUAAACAUCUGCACCCUGUUUAGUAUUCUCUGAAGGCCUCUCCAUGAAUGAUUUGGUGACAGUGUUGGCAUGCGGCGUACACUGUGCAUCCCGCAAUACAUCAAGUUAAGGACAUACGGGUAGGGUCAACCAAUUAUGUGAGGUCAUCAGACUGAAUUGGAGAAGUGUAGAAGAAAAUGCAGCCUUCUUAUUUCUUGGAUUUAUGUUGCACUUGGUCCUUAUAUGUAAUUAAAGUAGAGAAUUUCCUUAUAAUCAUCAGUCACAUUACAGAUCCCAAGAAAAGUAAGACAGCUCUGACAAGCAUUAUUAUCAGAGCCAGAGCUGUGUUACACUGCUCUCAAUUUUCAGUGCAUUAGGUUUGAGAAACAAACAGUUCGUUUUGAUUGAAAUGCAGCAUUUUGAUAAAAAUCCAACUCCACUUUUUGAUGUUUAUUUUUAUUAUUUUCCAGUUCAUGAAAAUGUAAUAUUUAUGGAAUAUUUACCUUGUUUUGUUUUAUAAAUCUAGAUUCUUGUAAUCAUUCGCUCUGCUGUACAUCAUGCUGUAAUAUGUUUAUCUAUGUUUAUGAUUUUAUGCUCAACUAAU